AGGGAGAUGCUCACACUGAAGGCACCGCAGCACAGAAAUGCGCACCGUUCCGAGCCGGACCGGGCGACAGCUGCACCUCCACUUCUCCAGGCUUGACGCGUUUCACAGCACAAUGGGUUAGAGGGUGAUAAGGGAAACUUUGACACACUUUGCAUGACACGGGAAAAUGCCCUGCGUUGCCUGUAGAGCUCUGCUGCCGAGCGGCUGAAUUGAGAGCAUAAUAACAGAGACUUCAGAGAGAGAGACACAAACAGAGAGACGAGGGGACCUGAUUCCAAUAAUUUCUAUCCCGGUUCCUCUCCCACUUUGGUUUUGAGAGAUGAUCACGGAGCUCGUGUGCACCGCCGUGGCUGUGGGUCUCUAUCUGAACACGCUGGACGCAGAUUUCUGCUACGAUGACAGCCGAGCCAUCAAGACCAACCAGGACCUUCUCCCUGAGACUCCCUGGACCAACAUCCUGUAUGACGACUUCUGGGGCACUUUGCUCACUCACAGUGGCAGCCACAAGUCUUUCCGUCCACUCUGCACCUUCUCCUUCCGCCUCAACUACUCCCUGCACGGCCUCAACCCAUGGGGCUACCACUUACUGAAUGUGGUGCUGCACGGCCUGGUCACAGCCCUUGUCACAGCCUUCAGCCGGCCGCUGCUGGGUGGGGGAUUGUGGAGCCUUUUGGCAGGCCUUCUUUUUGCCUCCCACCCGAUUCACACUGAAGCAGUCGCUGGUGUGGUGGGAAGGGCGGACGUUGGUGCCGCUUUGUUUUUCUUGCUGUCUCUUCUCUGCUAUGUGAGACACUGUGGACUCCGACCGGUGCCACAUGGGGCCUUCCAGAACAGGCGAUGUGGUGAAGGCUCUGUCAUCAGGUGCUGGGGCUGGAUGCUGGGUAGCCUGUGGUUUGCAGCAGCCAGCAUGCUUUGGAAGGAGCAGGGGGUGACGGUGCUGGCUGUGUCAGCUGUGUAUGACCUCUUCGUGUUCCAGAGGCUCCGGUUUCGCCAGGCACUUCUUCACCUAUUAGGAAAGAAAAAGAACAUCAAUGUUUUGCUGAGUCUUGGCAUGCUAGCUUCCUGGGGAGUACUCUUGCUGUCAGCUCGCCUCUACUGGAUGGGCAAUAAACCUCCAAACUUCUCCAAUUCCGACAACCCUGCAGCCGACUCGCCUCAUUUCCUCACUCGAAUGCUAACGUUUCUCCACCUGCCUGCUGCCAACGCCUGGCUCCUCCUCUGCCCUGACAAGCUCAGUUUCGAUUGGUCCAUGGAUGCCGUGCCCUUGGUCAGGUCCUUGGCCGACUGUAGGAACCUUCACACUGUUGCCUUUUAUGUUGGAAUGAGCAUUCUGGUUUUGUUUGGCCUUCGUGGUCCCACCUCCAAAGUCAAGGAGACCAAUGGGAAGGCCCAUGUCACUAAUGGGAAAUCCAUCACUAAUGGUAAUGGUUACCACGCUCCUGAUGCAAACCAUAACACAGAGCAUGGCUCUCCAAAAACCGCCCUAAAUGGCUCAGCUGGACUGCACCACUGCCCUCCACGGACACCCCUGCCCCCUACAGAAACCUGGGGAAAUUUGGGGAACGUACUGAAGAACCAGGGCAAGAUGGCGGAGGCAGAGAAGGCAUACAGAAAUGCUCUGCACUACCGAGGGAACAUGGCUGACAUGCUGUAUAACCUGGGUUUGCUUCUGCAGGAGAAUGAACGCUUUUCUGAAGCGCUGCGUUAUUACAAACUUGCCAUUGGGAGUCGGCCUACGCUGGCAUCGGCCUACUUGAAUAUAGGAAUAAUUUUGAUGAACCAGGGCCACCUGGAAGAGGCCAAACGCACCUUCCUUACUUGUGCUGACAUUUCCGAUGAGAAUUUGAAGGAUCCUCACGCUCACAAGAACUCCGUCACCAGUUGCCUGUACAACCUGGGAAAACUGCUCCAUGAACAGGGCCAGCAGGAGGAGGCCUUGUCUAUUUUCAAGGAGGCAGUGCAGAAAAUGCCAAGGCAGUUUGCACCACACAGCCUUUUCAACAUGAUGGGAGAAGCCUACAUGAGGCUGAACAGGCUGGAGGAAGCAGGUCACUGGUACAGAGAGUCCCUCAGGGUCAAGCCUGACCACAUCCCUGCCCACCUCACUUAUGGAAAACUGCUAUCCAUCAUUGGGCAGAAAACAGAAGCGGAGAGAUAUUACCUGAGAGCUAUUCAGCUAGACCCGACGAAAGGAAACUGCUACAUGCACUACGGACAAUUUCUGUUGGAGCAGUCCCGUCUUGGCGAGGCUGCGGAGAUGGCGGAAAGAGCCGCAGAAUUGGACAACUUUGAGUUUGAUGUGGUCUUCAGUGCUGCUCAUAUGCUCAGACAGGCCAAUCUAAACGAGGCGGCGGAAAGGCAGUACAAGCGUGCAGCCAGCCUCAGACCAGAUUACCCAGCUGCUCUGAUGAACCUUGGUGCCAUCCUCCACCUGAAUGGGAAACUUACCGAAGCAGAAGCCAACUACCUGCGGGCUCUCCAGCUCAAACCUGAUGAUGUCAUUACACAGUCGAACCUGCGGAAGCUGUGGAACAUCAUGGAGCGGCAGGGACUCAGGACUAAACGCGUGCUCGGGAUGCAGAAAGGCGAUGUUUGAACUCCUCCCUCACUGAUGAUGUCAUGUCCUUCAGAGAUAUGAAAGAGCUGGUGGCUCAAAUUUCACUAAAGACUAUUUCUUUAGCGAUUCAGCUCGCAGUGCUUGUGAAAGACACUUUGAAGGUUUGAGGGCUGGGAUUCAGUGGGCAUGUGCUGCCUCACAGUAUGCCAUAUUGCCAUAUGGUAGCUCAAACUACUAAAACAAACUUCUUUUGCAUACAUUUUUUUUUAUAAAAUGCUAUGAUGUUAAAUAUACAUUGAAGUCAAAAAGCAAAUAAUUUGAAAGUCCCCCAAAAAUUCUUUAAGGUCUCAAAUAUCAGCUAAUUGUUAGUUGAUAUAAUCUAAACAUCUGGCAUGAUUUAGAGCACUUGAUUUAAUAAGAGCAUACAUUCAGGUGUUAAUUCUUACAGAAUAGAUUUUAAAGCGUGGGCACUGAUGGGUAAAUUACUCAAGUUGUUUCAUUAUAUCAGCUAGUUUAACUGAAAGAUGGACUUCACUACCACACUUGUACAUGUCAGAUUCUAUUUGCAGGUCGUAGGGAGAACUACUGUGUGUGUGAAAACUUGUGUAAAGUCUUUUGUUGCUCCCAAAGGAGCAAGUGAUGUCACUUCAGUCAGUGCUGAUUGAGGCUGAAGACUACAGGUGUGAAAGUUGAAGGGAUUCUGGGGGGCAGGAGUUACAAAGAAGCAAGCUUAACAGGCCAGAAGCAUCUCUAUUUAAGUUUUGUUGCUUGUGGCACAAAAUUGAGUUUUGACCAAAUUGUUGUCUGUUAAGCUGCAUUAUGGACAAUGUAAGCACCAUUUUUUUGGUUGUUUUGGACAAGGAAGAAUGUCUUCUUUUGCUUAACUGCCCAGUGAUAAUGUUGUAAGGGUGCAAUCCUAAAUAGGUGGAUUAUUUUUUCAUUUUUAUAAUUUUUUUGUAAAGAAAGGAAACGAAAUCCCUGAUGGAUUGCUCAGGAUAGUCUAGCUUUGAAUUUGUCUCCUAACACACUCAAUUAAACAUUAAAAGCAUGCAAGUGCAUAAACAUCUUCUAGAACCGCCUUCAGAUAAAGUGCUUUACAUUGCUCCGAGCACAUAAAGGAAUAGGUUUGGGCAUAAUGUGCAGCCAAACACGUCACUGACGAUUGUUUGCACGUGGUGCAUUUUAAAUUCUCGUGACUGUAAUGAUUAAAAAUUCCUCAGUGGUGCCAAAGCUUGUACUGAGUCUUUACACCUCUCGUGCCAAGCAAGAACUUCUCUUCACUCCUGUGUUCCUCGUGUCAAAUAAAGAUGUUACAUUUCAUGUGAUCAAAUUUAAUUUAUUAAUAUGUUAUUUUCUUGUGAAUAUGCCAACACUGUGCCGUUUCAUUGUCGUAUCUGCCCACCCUUUCUCAUUCCUCCCAAUAGAUAGGCUACAGUAGGCAAAAUGACAACUAUAUUGAAAUGGUUUCAUAUGUGUAUUUUUGUUCUCUCUGCUCAGGGACAUCAGGUUGUGAUUCCUGUCACAGAAAUAGUUUGUGACACAGAGAGAGCUUUUAAAGGAUUUUAGAGUUUUAUGCUUUUUUUUCCUGAUGAUUGUGAUGUUUGGUUAAAUUAAAGGAAAUGUGUAGCUUAAA